UGCAAUUUGCAUCACUACACAUCCAAAUCAGUGAAAGAACCGUGUUGCACGUUGACUUCCAUAGGUCAACAAGCUUGUCUUCUGUCUUUUGCUUCUCAUUCAUCCCCUCAACACCUCCAUCUCAUUGCAUUAAUAACAAGUUGCAUCACUAACAAGAUAACUAAUAAAGAGAAGAUAAGAGAAGAGGAGAACAAAGGAAAAGAGGCAACAGGGUGAUGGGGAGGUUGAAGUUGAACACUGAUCCAAAUCUAAGCCUCAAGCACUUCAGUCAUCCACAUGAAUUAGAGCUAUGCACUCAACUCCAGAAUCCCACACCUUGUUCAGGAUGCAAACUCCCACCAUUAGCCCAAAUGUACACGUGCAAACCGUGCAACUUCACUCUCCAUUUAAGCUGCACUCAAUUCCCAGAGCAGAUAAACCACCCCUCACAUCCUGACCAUCCUCUAGCUCUCCUCCCGACAUCCAAAUACCCUGGUGGACUUUUCAACUGUGAUGCCUGCAAUUACCGCGGAGAUGGCUUCAGCUACCACUGCAGUGACUGUGAAUAUGAUCUCCAUGUGAUCUGUGCAUCAAGGCCCCUCAAAAUUACACACCAAUUGCAUCAAUGCCAGCUGGAACUUACCUUCAAGAAUCCUUAUGCUGAUGCCAAAGGCUUCUCUUGUGAUGUAUGCCACAAGAUUGCAGUCAAGCAGUGGCUUUACAGAUGCAGCACUUGCGACUUUGAUGUUCAUUUGGAUUGUUCAACUUCUGCCCUGACACCAACAGCUCAAGGGCCAACCAUCCUCCAGCACCACCAUUCAUUCCCUGGGGCGACUAGUUCACAUAACCAGUUCCAGCAGGCUCCUAUGGCUGCACAGAUGAGGCCAAACCAGUUUAUGCACAGUGCAAGUACUGGUGCAACUGCCAACCAGUCCCCGCAGACUCCCAUAUUCACAGGACAAGUGAUGCAAAAUCAGAACAUGCAGGCUAGUCUGGGUACAGGCCAAGCGAGGCCAAACCUGUUAUUCCAUAGUGCAAGUACAGGUUCAACCCCCCAGCACCAGUCCUUGCAACCUCCUUUAAUUCACGGACAGGUGAGGCCUAACCAAUACAUGCAGUCUCCAGGGACAAACAACGAUUUGAUGAAUGUUGCAGUUCAAGGACUUGGGGAAGGUGCAGCUCAGCAAGUUGGUCAAACUCUCAUGCAGGGGAUCAUAGAUGGUGGUAACAACAGUGAUGGGAAUGAAGGAGCUUCAUUUCUGGGAAGCAUUUUUGGUGACUCGUCACAGAACUAAAAGAUUUCAUAUGUUUUCCAUUUCAAUGUGUUCUAUCAGUUAAUGUAAAACAGGGACAACUUCUGGUUAACAUAGUAUCUUGGUAAACUACCACAUUAUUUUGUGUUUUAUAUGCUUGGAAUCUCCAUAUCUUAUGCUAUAUCACUUGUCAUAAUCAUGA